GGAGUGGUCAUGCUUUCCAACGCAUACAAGAAGUGCUAGAAUCUCCACGAUGUAAUCGGCGUACAGUGUUCUAUAUCAUCAAAUAUACUGUCAAUAAAUCACGGACCGUGGCAUAUCUACAGUACAUGUGUUCUUAUAAUAUCCAUCUUACGAAAGAUCUAUGACCGCUGGAUUUGCAGCUAUGUUCAACUUUUAUAUACGAUAAGCCCGCGUGGCAUAAAUUAAGCGUGAAACUGAUUGUUUCGUGUCCGCAAGAAUUUUACGAAUUAUUAUCGUCCCGUGGCUGGUAGUCGUAAUAAUUAAUACUUAUGUACGAUAAAUGUCAGGACCCUUCGAGGAGCUACAUAAGAGGGGGAAGCUGUUACCAUUUCAAAUUCAUGGUUGAAAGAGAUUCAUUGAAACAACAAUGUCCAGCUGAACGGCAACCAAGAUGGCUCGUCACGGUACCGAGAGAUCCUUGAAUUCCCUGCAAUCGAUGCAUCCGAGCUCCUCGAGCCACGUAAACAAUAAUCCCGGCGUCGUCACCCCGACGGAAUUGGCAGCGUCGUCGCCGUCGUCGUCAGCAACAUGUACUGCCGACGACAGCGGGACCAAGGUCAAUGGCGACGAUGGCGUGACCGACACGACAGGAAGUGCAAUGGGCACCAUUCCGUCACCCUCGACGCCCUCGGUAUCUUCUUCGUCGGACUCCCGUAUACCACGUCCCUCGCCCACCAGCCUGCGUCGUUCCUCGAGUAUGCGCAUGCGCGGUGAACGGGUUUCGCCACAUCAACCACCACCAUCGUCACCGCUAUCCAGUACCGCGGUCAACGCGGCUCCAGGCAGGCAGCAUCAGAAUCAUCGCCGUCUGAACUUCCUGCAACACCAGCAACACCAUCAUCCGGACUAUCGCAACUUCCCAGUCAUCACGGAGAAUGGAACUGAAUCCCCGCGACAACGAUCCCUCAGCCUUUCAUUGACCCCGGCUAGGCCGCGGCCUGGGCUCGCGGCCUCCGGAGGAUCGAGCAUAGGAAUCGCCGACGACAGCGAUGCGGAAAGCGUAAGAAGUUACGGAAGUGCCUGCAGUACAGCGAGCGCCUGUGACCAUGCUACAUUCGCCUUUAACGGCACCACAUGGUCGGGCAGAUCACGAAAAUACGUUGUUCAUUGUUCAAAUCAUAACGGUGACAAUGAACAGUACCUCACGCCGACUCAGAGAGCAGCUAGACAAGUCAGGAAGUUUCAGGCUUUAUUGAAGGAGGCGCGGAAGGAGAUCGAGGAGAAGGAUCAGGAGAUCUUUCGGUUAACGAAGGAGGUGGUGGAACUGAGAUUGUACAAAGCUUCUCUGAACAGUCCCGACGAGAGAACGGACAGCAGCGAUGCUCUUACCGUACGGGAGAAUAAUCCUUUCUCGCCGGAAUCGCCGACCAAGGAUCUACCGGAUGAGGGGGCGCCACCGAAGAUUCCGAGCCCGGAAACCCCAGAGAAACGUGUCCAACCGGACCUGCCUUCUUCUUUGGCGGACUCCGGCCACUUCGAGGAUGGAUCGAUCCACUCGAAGGAUUCGGUAUAUCUACCGGAAGCGCAACCAGAGGCCAGUAAUGUUACCCGAACGCCCAAUAAAAUUGCCGAAGAUGAUGCUGAUGAUGCUGCUGCUGCUCCUGGAACGUACGCCAGAUCGACCACCCCCGAAAGAGACGAGGAGCGACGGAAGCUGGUGAACCUCUAUGAGGCUAGGAUCGAGGAGAUGCACCGUAGACACGUGGACGAACUUCAAGAACUGAAACAAAAGCACAAUGACAAAGUGGAAAGUUUACUGAAUCAGUUGGCUGAAGUGAAUACACGUUAUUGCGAGAUGAGACCAAACGUUGACGCCGCGGAAGCUAGGGCUCGUGAAUUAGAAACAGAAUUAGAGGCUGUGAAAGCGGAACUUGCCGAGCAGAAGACUUUGUUAAGUGAGCAGGAGGAGAGGAAUAAACAUAUGUACCUGAAAAUGUAUGCCAAAGGACAAGAAGCAGCGCGUAUAGAACAGGCAGAUCAGAUACUUGAACAUGCGCAUCAAAUACCACCAAAGGUUUCAAUUGCAGAGUUACUUCAACAACUAACAGUUACUCGAGCGGAACUAGAAAAUGUCAAGGACACAAGCUACUCGCCUGAACCUCACAUUUCAGCCGAUCGUAGCCAAAUUUUAUUAAGUGCUCAGGAGGCUGUUUCUCUCUGGGUCCUUGGCACACGUAAGGUAAUGUAUCGACGUAUUAUAGAAGCCAGAAGUCAGCAGGGUAACCUUGAUCCAGAGAUCACCUUGCAGUUCCUAAAAUCGGCUAUCUAUUAUUUCCUAACCGACAAAGAAAAUCAUCAGGGUCAUCUUAAUGCUAUCGAAAGCAUUUUAGGAUUUACAGAAGCUGAAAAGCACAAUAUUGACAGAAUAUAUCGAUCUGCAAGAAAGUAA